GCACGCAAAAAAAGGACAAGAAGAGAACUUCAGCCAAGGCCAGCCACACAGCCAGCAAUACCGGAAAUGUGCAGCUCAUCUGGUCCCUUGAAGAUUGAUGAAGUCAACUCCUUAGGUCACUUCAUCCGAAUAAUGAACACCUCCACAGACCAGGAUAUAGAUCUAAGCGGCUAUGUUCUGCUGCAGCUGGAGAGAGGGCAGGUGGUUUCUAUGUAUCGCUUCCCGCACAAUAUGCUUCUGGCAUCCCUUCAGCACAUUACGAUUUGGGCAUCAGGAGCAAAGGCUUCUCAAAAUCCACCAACAGACUUAGUGUGGAAAGGACGAGUUUUCUUCCGAAGCAACCCACAAUGUAUCACUAUCCUGGUGCGGCCAAAUGGACAGCCUGUUGCUUUUCUUAAGAAUAAGGAAUCGUCCUCCCGGCCAGAGACUGCUAGCCCAAGUCUAUGUAAGCAUCAGAAAGCCAUAAGGAGACCUGUGAUGGAGCAGACCAAGGUUUAUUCCACCCCACCUACAACACUCGCCAGAACCUGUGGUGGCCCAGAAGUUAGGAUGUCUCACAGUAUAUUGCCUUACUCAACUUUAAAUCAAACACCAAGCAAUAUACCAAAGUUCUACUCAGCCUUCAGGAACUCAGGACUGGCACACAGUGAGCCUCAUCCAGUAUCUGUCACCUGGCAGCCUCAACGGUUGAAUACAAACAGUCCACUAAUCAGACUUAUAGUCCAGAAGACUGCCCGAUCCAAGCAUGGAUUUAACUUCCUCAGUCAUAUACCCUUUACAUCUGAUCUCCUGAAAGUCUAGUGACUGCGUAUCCAUUCUAUUAAAGUGGACCUGCACUUUACUUUUGGCAUACAGUAUAGGUUUACUAUGGUAACCAUUCAGGUUUCAUGGAAAUAAAACAUAAUUCUUGUAUAAUGAAAAGUUGUCCAACUUUCUAAUAUACAUAGGCACUGAUUUAUCAAGGUUGGUGCAUACUAUGCUGGCCUUGAGAUUUCAGUGUUUAUGUGUGCCAGUUUCUGGAGUAAAUAAUGAU